AUGCCUGAUAUCAGGUCAUUUUUUGGGCCAAAGGGAGGCGGCCCCCCGAAGCCACCGCCAAAGAAGGUCGAGGAGCCUCCGAAGAGCCGAAGGAAUAGAAAGGUCAUUGAAGACAGCGACGACGAGGUCGAUUAUACCCCUGAACCAAAGCCGGUAGCAAAAGCUGCCGCCAAGAAGAAGGCUAAAGACGAUGCUCCGAAGGGAACUGAGACCACUGCAAGCGAUUACUUCGCAUCAUCCAAAUCUGCCAAAGUGGCCAAGCCCAGACCCGCCGCAAAGCCAGAUCAAGCAACCAAAGUGAAGACCGAAGUAGAGAUCCGGACCAGCCCGCGCAACAAGAAGACUACUGCCAAUCCUGUACACGAGUCGCCCAAGAAGCGGAGCACCAGGACGUUCACCAAGAUAGAGUCAGACGACGAUGCCGAUGCAUACAAGGAUGAAGACGACGAGGAUGGUGAUGACAUCUUCGCCGCUGAUGUAAAGGGUCGCAACAAGCGGAAGACGGACGACUAUGCGGAAGAUGAGAGCGAAGAGGAUAUCCUACCAAAACCGAAGCGUGUAGCCUCUCGGAGUGCCCCUAAUGGCACUCCAACUAAGAGUGCGAGGGCAGCAGCUGGUACAAAGAGGCGCAAGACUCCUGACGAUGAUGAAGAGGAAGAGGAGGAAGAGCAGCCACCGAAGAAAAAGGCCCCAGCCAAGCCACGUGCGCCAAGGGCCAAGAAGACCGACGAACCCGAAGAUUCGGCUUACCAGUCGAUCCUCGACAACAUCCCCACUGUCCGCCCUCCGACGCCCCCAGCCCAGGAUCCAAAUGCCCCCAAGUUUGACUGGAGGAAGAAUGCUGGUGGUGGCGGGAACAGUGCGGUUGUCCCUCCCAAUGCAGGUGCUGCAGAACUGCCCGAGGGUGAGGAUGAGUGUCUCUCUGGAUUGACAUUCGUCUUCACUGGUGUCCUUCAAACGAUCGGCCGUGAGGAGGGCCAGGCGUUGGUCAAGAAGUACGGUGGAAAAAUCACUGGAGCACCGAGUAGCAAGACGAGUUAUGUCGUUCUGGGAGACGACGCGGGACCCAGCAAACUGAAGAAAAUCAGGGACAUGAACAUCAAAACCAUCAAUGAGGAGGGUCUCUUCGAGCUCAUUAGGAAACUACCCGCCUAUGGAGGCACCGGCAAGGGUGCGGAGAAGGCGCGCGAGAAGAAAAAGAAAGAUGAAGAGGCUAUCAAGAUACAGGCACUAGAGAUGGAGCGGGAGGAGAAGGCCCGGAAGGCCGCAGCAGAGAAGGCUGCUAAGCAAGCAGCCGCUGCUCGGGGGACCACAGCUGCCCUUACCCCGACGGCAGCCCCAGUGCAGCUGUGGACAUCAAAGUAUGCGCCGACAGCACUCAAUCACAUUUGCGGCAACAAGGCACAAGUCGAGAAGAUCCAGGCCUGGUUGAGGAAUUGGCAAAAGGCACGCAAGUACGACUUUCAAAGACGCGGUGCGGACGGUAUGGGUGGCACGCGAGCUAUCAUUAUCUCCGGUCCACCGGGUAUCGGCAAGACGACUGCGGCGCACUUGGCUGCCAAACUGGAGGGCUUUGAUGUCAUUGAGAGCAACGCCAGUGACACUCGCAGCAAGAAACUGGUCGAAAACGGUGUCGCUGAUGUCAUGAACAACACAUCGCUCCUCGGCUUCUUUGCUGGAGACGGCAAGAAGGUCGACGGAGAAAAGAAGAACAUUGUACUGAUUAUGGACGAAGUCGACGGAAUGUCCGCAGGAGAUCGCGGUGGUGUUGGAGCCCUGGCCAAGUUCUGCAAGAAAACUGAGAUUCCCCUCAUUCUCAUUUGCAACGAGCGAAAACUGCAAAAGAUGAAGCCGUUCGACUUCGUUGCCAUGGAUGUUCCCUUCCGGCGCCCGACGGUAGAACAGGUUCGAUCCCGUAUCAUGACAAUCUGCCAUCGCGAAGGCCUCAAGCUUCCUGUCCCUGUCGUCGAUGCCCUCAUCGAAGGCAGCAACAAGGAUAUUCGGCAGAUUAUAAACAUGAUAUCCACCGCCAAGCUCGAUCAAGCAUCGAUGAGCUUCGACAAGGGCAAGGCCAUGACGAAGGCAUGGGAGAAGCAUGUUGUUCUUAAGCCUUGGGACAUUUGUCAGAAGAUGCUCGCUGGUGGACUAUUUACUCCUGCCAGCAAAACCACUCUGAACGAAAAGAUUGAGCUCUACUUCAACGAUCACGAGUUCAGCUACCUGAUGAUCCAGGAGAACUACCUACGGGCAAAACCCAUGGCACUAAACAACAGGGGUUACAACAAGAGGGAAGAGAAUUUGAAGUAUCUCGAAUUGGUGGAUCAGGCGGCGGAAAGCAUCAGCGAUGGUGACCUGGUUGAUCGAAUGAUUCACGGGCCUCAACAGCAAUGGAGUCUGAUGCCUACUCACGCAGUUUUCAGCACAGUUCGACCAUCAAGCUUCGUUGCUGGCCAACUCAUGGGAUCCAACUUCACUUCCUGGCUCGGCAACAACAGCAAGACUGGCAAACUUGGUCGUUUUGUCCGCGAGUUGCACUCGCACAUGCGACUUAGGUCAUCGGGAGACGCCAAUGAGGUUCGCCAGCAAUAUCUGCCUGUAUUGUGGGAUCAGAUGAUCCGCCGGUUGUCUGUUGAAGGCAAGGAAUCUGUCGAUGAGAUUAUCGAGUUGAUGGACAGCUACUACUUGACACGAGACGACUUCGAUGCGAUUCAGGAGCUCGGUGUUGGUCCACAAGCUGAAGGCCGGGCAGAUAUUGAGUCCAAGACGAAGGCAGCAUUCACGCGAACUUACAACGCAAUGUCUCAUCCUAUUCCGUUCAUGAAGGCCAGCAACAUCAUGGAGCCGAAGAAGGCUACGAAACAGGCUCCGGAUCUUGAGGAAGCUAUAGAGGAGGAGGAUGAUGCCGAUGUUGCGGACCCCGCUGAGGCAGGCGAAGAGGAUGAUGACAAGAUCGACCUGAAGAAGGACAAGUAUAUCAAGGUGCCCAAACCGAAAGCCAAGAGAGCCACCAAGAAGGCUAAAGCAGGCGACGACGACGAUGACGAAGAGGCAGAUGCCAAGCCAAAGAAGGGUAGGCCCAGUGCCAAGGCUACAGCUACCAAGGCAAAGGGCAAGAAAUGA